AUGCGCGGAUGCGCCCGGCUGUUGGAGAACGCGCGGAAACAACUGCAAGAAGAGUUGUUGAAGGUUCAGAGCCAGCUCCUGGAAGAAAAGAAGAAGCGUGAGCAGCAAGAAACCAUGGUUAAAUAUCUCCAGAAACACAUGCAGCUUCUCAUCAAGGCCCGUGACGGAAUGAGAUCCAUUCUGGAAUUCUACGACAGCGAGCUGAAUCCGUCGGAGCACUCCCCGCAGCUCAGUUUCCGCGUGCGAGAAGCCGAGGAGCUGGUGCAGAAGGUGGAAGCCCACUGCACCGAAAUGGAGGGCCAGUUAUCCCAGGCUUUGGAAGAAGCAGGAAAUCAGAAGAAAAGAGCAGAGAUGCUGGAGGUAGAACUUCAGAUGCUGAAGAGACAAGCGUCCACCGUAGAGCCCAGCAACUUCCUCGCCAAAGAAGAGCUGGAUACCCUGAGGUUAAAGAUUGAGGAACUGGAAACUGAGCGAAACCGGUUAGAAGAGGAGAAUAGAUCCCUGGAAGCAAAGCUGGAACAAGCCACGCUUCAGGGUUAUCACGAUCCGGGUCGAACCAAAAUACUCCAUUUCUCCAUGAACCCAGCCAGCCUGGCCAAGCAGCAGCGUCAAGAGCAGAUGGGGAACCUGCGGGAGGAAUGCGAACGUCUCCGCGAGCGGAUCAGGAUGUUAGAAAGUGGAGAUGGGGGAGGAACCAGCAGCACCAGCAGCACCAGCAUUCUCUCAGGGAAACUGGAGGGCGGCGUAAAUCUCCAAUCCCACCCUGAAAUUGCGGAAUUAAAGAAACAACUGGAAAGUGCGGAGUUGAAAAACCAGCGCUUAAGGGAGAUCUUUGGAACCAAGAUUCAAGAAUUUCGCAAAGUGUGUUAUAAACUGACCGGUUACCAUAUCGAUAUUACAAUCGAGAAUCAAUACCGCCUGACGUCCAUCUACGCCGAGCACAGAGAAGACUGCUUGAUCUUCAAGACUUCCAGAUCUUCUGGGGCAAAGAUGCAGCUGCUGGAAACCGAAUUUUCGCAGACGGUCCAUGACCUGAUAGACCUUCACCUUCUGCAACAGGACAGCAUCCCCGCCUUCCUCAGCGCGGUCACCCUCGAACUCUUCAGUCGCCAGACCGUGGCUUAGCCGUCUCAGCUGGGCGGGGUCAUCCUUGCAUCAGCCGCUCGCGGCUCACGGAUGGAGAUGGCUCGCAGGGCCUCCGCUGAGGCGCCAAUCCGCUGAGAGGAACUGGGCCUUUUUUCUCUUUUUAGUUGCUACCUGGAUAUUUCAGGGCCUUGUAGUGAUCUUUCAGCGUUUUUACUAUUUUCUGAAGAAGUAACCUAAUCUUCCUCCCUCCCUCCUAACCCUUCUUCUGCCACUUUCUCCCUCCCUCUAUCUCUUUCUUUCUUUCUCUCCCUCCUUUCCUUCUAUCUGUUCUUCCCUCUCUCCCUUCCACCUAAUCCUUCUUCUCCCCUUCCAUCCUUUCUUCCUUCCUUCUUUCUUCCUCUCUUCCUUCUAUCUGUCCUUCCCACCCUUCCUUCCUUCUUCUCUCUGUCCCUUCUAACCCUUUCUUCUACCACUUCCUCCCUACCGCCUUUCCUCCCUCUCUUCCUUCCUUCCUUCCUUCCAUCUGUCUUUUCCUCCCUUACACACUCCCUCCCUUCCUUCCUCCCUCCCUUCCUUCUACCACUUCCCUUUCUUUCUUCUUUCUAUCCCUUCCUUCCUUCUAAUCCUCCCUCCCUUCUUUCCUCCCUCCCUGGCUCCCUCCCUUCUAACUCUUCCUUCUAUCACUUCCUCCCUUCCUCCCUUUCUUUCUAUCCCUUCUUUCCUUUUAUCCCUCCUUUCCUUCUUUCUAACCCUUCUUCCCUCCCUCCCUCUGCAGCUGUUCAAAAAGGAGGCAUUAUGUAUACAUAUAUUUCUCUGAUCUUUCGCAUCUUAUCCUGUCCGGGUUUUUCCUCCCUUCUUUUUAUAUUGUUCUGAUAUUUUCUGCCUAUUCGCCCAGAUGACAGCAAUGCAAUCCAGAGAAUUGAGCAGCCCUUUAAAAAGGGGAGGGGGUGUUUACCCCUCACCUGCAGAAACCAAUCUGAUCUGCUCCGCCUUCUGUUUAAUGCUGUUUAAUUCUGUUUAAUAAAGCAAUAAAAGAAGACAAGAAAGAAUACUUUCUCGUCACCACAUCUCCCCAUCAUAACAGCGAGAAGCCCUUCGUGACAUGAUGGACACAUAACUUCUGAGUUUUCCCCCCAAGUCAUUUCUGACAGUUUCUCUCAAAGCAGGCAUUAUGAGUAGCUUUACCCUACUGGGAUUUUGGAGGACCAACAUUCUGACUUGAAAUAAAGGGGGAAAUGAGGUGUCUGGCUAAAGGAAAGAGAACUAAAUCAAAGCCAACUCUUCUGAGUUUCUCCAUUACAGAAGAAGUUCAAAUGUUCUGCUGCCCAAGUAGAGUCCAUUAAUGUAGUUGCCCUUGUUAUUGUUCCAGGCCUCUAAGCUUCUCUUUGAAAGUUCUGCUUGAAGGAAUAAUUGAAUUUUUCUUGGUCUUUGUUUUCCUUCUCUUUUCCUUCCUUUCCUUCUGGUUGGGUUGCAACCAGGGUGGAUCCAUCUCUCUCUUGGCCCCUUGGCUUCACUUGCUUUGCUUUCCUUUGAAGUCUCCAACUUCCUCCACCCCGUUUCUCCUUGUCUGGUCUUCCGGUAGCUGAUAGGAAGUAAUCUUGAUAUAGACAGGAGCUAUGGAAAGGGUAACUUUAUGACCGUUAGCCACAAUAUCUUGCACCUUCAAAAUAAUAAGGGAGAUUGCUCCUCGCAGUUCAAGAAACAAAAUCAUUUCCUGCAGGGAUUUGAGAAGGCAAUUUACUAUUCUUCACACCCUUCCUACAUUCUGUGCAAUUAAAUUGACGAGAGUGGUUGCUGGCUUCUUCAGACCCUCACACACAUACACACCUAUUUGUAUACAAAUCCUGUUCGUUGUGAAUCAAAUAGAGAUGUUCUACAGCUCAAUAUCAUCCAUAAGAUCUCUUGAAGAGCUCGGCUUUUUUGCAGGCCUUAUGACCGGAUGGUCAACGUUUCAACAGGCCUGAGUGUCACCUGAAUAUCUGUGGAGCAUUGCACACUCUUAGAAGCAAGAUUAGAGUUUGUUCCUUGUUCCUUUCUAAGCUCCCCAGAAAUUGUCCGUGUUGCCCAGGUGUUGGAAGAUCAUGAGCUUCAACACCUGGGCAACAAGGUGUUGAAGAUGAGGACAAGAAGAUGAGAACCUGCUGAAGAAUUCUAGAUGAUCCAAAGCAGAUCAGACUUUCUGGCUCCCAAUCAUUUAUCAAUAGACAAGUGUUUGCAACGCCCCUUUUAAAAUCACCAACGUUGUAGCUUAAAAAUCACACUUUUGAAAAAAAACAUCUUUUUAAACUCUUCUUUCCUCUGUAUACUAAGGAAGUUGUCUGUUGUAGACCAUGCUCUGGUGAAACCUGUCCCAUUAGCAGAGCAUUGACCAUAUCUUGAGAUCUCCCAAGUGCAUUAUGGCUCUCUGGGAUUGCUAGAGUGUCUUCAGUCGUUGAAAAAAAUGAAACAAGACCAUGAGUAAAUGACAGGAAUCCAGAUGGAGAAACCAGAUCACUGUCAAAGGAUCCAUGAAGCCACAAAGGACAACCAUUGUCACUCUAGGCGAGACCCUUCAAAGCCAACCAAGCACUUGUACACGAAUAGUAAAACUUCUGGAAUGACUAUAGUCAACAACCCAAAUCCUCCCCAUCUGAUUUUGUUGUUCUCCUCUGGCUUUCCUGAUGAAUGUGGCCGAUUCCAGAAACUAAUCUAAUGUUUCAAUUGCAGCUUGGUUCUUUUAAUUCAUUAAUCAUGGUUGGUUUUAUUAUUCUGUUUUUUUCCCCUGCAUGUAAAUGUCUUGCUGUUGGUUGAAGUUCAAGGUGCCCUAAAAAGCUUUAAAUAAAUCAACGGAUUAUUAUGAAAUGAUGAACUUCUUGCCUUCAGGGCAGCUUUUUUCGGCACGACUUGGAAACUUAUUCUAGAUUGUUUUUAGAGCCGUCUAAAACUGUUUUAGAGAUGGUUGGCUAUAUAAAUUAGUUUAAUAAAUAUUACUAGCCCAGAUCAAGGCGGUACUCGCUUUGCAUCUGAUGGUAGAAGAAAGUCAGUGUUUGGGUCUCUAACAUUCUUACUUAACACCGUAAUAUUUUAAAACAAGUUUUCUCUUCCUAAAGUUAUUGGGUUUUUUUUUCCAAUUUGAAAAUAUAUAUAUAUAUAUAACAAGAUGGUAGGAGAAAGAGAGAGAGAGAGAAAAUCAAAUCAAUUGCCCAUAAUGUCAGAUACAAUGGAGAGAGCCAGGCUGAAAAACUGUCCCAGGAUAAUAUUUUUAUUCCUUUCUCUCCAACUUUCCUUUGUGGAUUUAAUAAACCCGCUCAUCUAGUUAUGUCAA